AUGGACUUCAAACAACCUCGCCCCUCAGGAAACGGGCAGGAUGGAGGAAAGAAACGCAAGGAGCCUCCGACCGCCGCAAAAGAUAACCGCUCCCAGUCAAGGGGAACACCCACUAAUGCCCCCUCCAGCAGUCGCGCGGCGAAGCGCGUCAAGUGGCAGGAUGCCCGCAAUAUCCGCACCCUACCCGCCGACGACGCCCUCGAUGAUGGAAAACUGGAUUUGCAGAAGUUUAUCGAAGCGCGUACCUUCGAGAUCCAAGCGCUCGAGAGCAGCAUGGCCAAGUGCAAGGCCGCCAGCGCGACCCGUGUCUUCCAGCAAGUGCCCCGUUCCAUGCGUCGCCGGACGGCCAGCCACAAUGCGAAGCGUGUGCCCAAGCGAUUGCGUGAGCGCGCGAAAAAAGAGAUGCUAGAGGACAACACACCGACCGUUGAAGCCCGGAAACGGCGCCCUCGCACCACCCGUGCCCGAAUCCGUGCCGAAACUGCAAAGCGCCUAAGCAUCUUAGCGGCGAAGAAAAAGAAGAAGCUGCUGCAGAAGAAGAAGCAGCUGGAGGAGCAGCGAGCUGAGAAGGGCGAUGCUCAAGGACCCUCUGCUUCAGGGGCAUCGAGUCAGAUCGAUAGCAAACCGAAAGCGCACACCCGCCAGCCCAGGCCGAAGAUUCGUCGCAACAUGCUGAAUGAUCCUCCAAAAGCCGAUUCAAAGUUCAGAAAAAGACAGAUAAACAAGACGUGGCUGCCAACACAUCUGUGGCAUGCAAAAAGGGCAAAGAUGACUGAGCCGAAGAAACCGCUUUGGAGGUUCGCCAUCCCCUUGACCCCAACAGAGAAGUGUUACCGCCCGACACAUCGUGCUCUUGGCCAGAAGGGCGCUGUGGCAUGGGACAUGAGUUACAUGAGCACAAUUAGCCUAUCUGGCACUGCUAACGGUGUCGAGAGGGUCCUGAAAGAGCUUGGUCUGACACAAGAGACACUGUGGGGGAUCCGUGGCCAAAAGUGGCGGGCAGGUCUGCGGACUUGGACUGGAAUACUCAGCAGACAGACCAAGGGUUCGAGACGGGACAUCGGACCGGCCACAAUCAUAUGGAAUCCCGAGGACCGCAUUCCAGCAGACGAUCAAUCAUCUCGACCCAAGAAGUCCCGGAGACAGCUCCUGAUCCGGACGCAUCCGUCUUGCUUCCUCGAACUAUUCGAGGAGCUCGUCAAGCUUGCCAAGGCACAAUCCCCACAGCUUCAUGUCGAGGACCUGCGCUUUGAGAUCGGCAGCAUCGAGCUAAUAGGCCCGGGCUCUACUGAGGCCCUGCUCGGAGUGCUGAAGCCUUAUCACGACAAAACUGGCUCUGAGGAGCGCCAUGCACAGGUCUUCAAGAGCCUGGCUGGCCUUACCAACCCCGCUGCCCUUCCAAAGGGGGCCCUUUUGUCGUUCUCAGCCAGAGACCCCCGAUUGUCAUACCCUCCCAAGACGAUUGAUGUCCCCCUCGGGGGUGUGGAUGCGAUUUUGGUCGAGCUACUCGCUCAGUGGCCAGCCGACCAAGACCCCAAAUCAAUCGGGCUCUUUGACCGUGACAGCCGGUUCGAAGCGUCGAGGUUACCAUCUCAAAAGGCCAUCAACAGGCGAAAAGGAGCCAACGCUCCUGGAGAGCCGCUCCCUGUGACAGAUGCCGAUCCCCCAAUCCCCAUUGUCUUGUACGCUUCCAGACCAGCGACAGACGGACAAGCACAAGGGACAUGGACGCUUAUGGCUCCAUGGAAAUGCAUCAUGCCCAUUUGGUAUGCCUUGAUGCAUUACCCGCUCUCAACCGGGGGUAAUCCGAGAUUUGGUGGUUUGCGCGAGCAGAUGCAGAUGGCCUUUGAGCAGGGAGUGCCGUGGUUUCCUGCUGACUUUCCGGCAACGGACGCUGGGCUCUCCUGGGAGCUGGAACAGCGCGCCAAGAGAAAACAGGAAUGGGAGCGUCGUCCCAAGGGCAAGAGGGUGGAAUGGAAAUCCCUUGACCUAGGUGCUGGACGAAAAGGGGAGAUAGGGAAUGGACACGCUUGUGACUUUGAGCAUUUGUUUGCGCUCAACGCGGCUCCCACGUCUUCUUCUUCCAGCUCGGAAGAGACAAACACCUCAUCGGCUUCAGGACCGAUCGAGAAGAUGGAUCUUGAUCCCCCAGAGAGAGCGGAAGGGGCUGAGACUGCCGCCUGCAGCAAGGCUUCUACGAUCCUGCCACUCGGACUGGUUCGACAGAUGACUAAAGCAUCAUUCACAACGCUAUCAAAGUCACCGAACCCAGACAAGCCACCAGCAUAUUCGAUCAUCACAGUGAGCAUAACGUUCGUCACGAGGGGCGUCGCGUCAACAUGUGCAAGGAUCUACCGCCUGCCGACGCGUAAGACGCCGACAGCCCAAUGCGCAGACGUCGAAGUAACCGCAACACCGGCAAACUCUCCUGGCUCGCUACCAUUCGACCUCAGGGACCAGUGGCUUCGGAAACUGCCAGCAUCAAACUCCCCGAGCUUCGGGAACUCCAAGACCGGCAAGGGCAAAUCACCUUCCCGAUUGGUUGGCCCGCUACUGCCACCGGCAAAGCAGAUGCCCGCCGGGGUCGACUUUGAAACACGCAAAAAGCUCCUCGCACAGUCACUCAUCGUGGGGCCUGACAAUCCCCCCCUGCCAUAUCCCAAACCUGGAGGACCGUUGAAUGACCCGAGUCACCAGAAUCAGCACCAUCCGCUGUGCCCGGGAGAGGAGGACCUCAUCGGGUUUGUGACGACCGGGGCGUUUAGCCUCAGUGAGGGUAAAGGCACAGCGAUUGGGUCCAUCUCGGCUGAGAAGGCACUGGAGGCGUUGCGUGAUGGUGGCCCUGCUGAGGGUAGGUUAUGUGUGGUAAGAAACGCGGGGGAAAGCGUGGGCUGGCUGGCGAAGUGGGAGCUUGUGUAG